ACAUGAUCGUCAGCGUCGGAAACUGAACUUCUCGAAGUUUGUCGUGUAGUGGAUAAGUUAUUAAUCUGAACACCGGAAGAUUACCGAUGGCCGUCUCCACGUUUGGGAUCGCGAUCGCGGUGAUGACCCUGCUGUGGGGUCUGGUCGGCGGAGUGAUCCCAUGGUUCAUCCCGAAAGGAGCAAACCGCGGGGUGAUUGUGACGAUGCUGGUUCUGACUGCUGUCUGCUGUUAUCUCUUCUGGCUGAUAGCGAUCCUCUCUCAGCUCAAUCCUCUGUUCGGGCCGGUGCUGAAGAACGACACCAUCUGGUACCUGUACUACCACUGGCCCUGAACACCCGUCGCCACGGUGCUGAAGCCUGUAUAUCUGCCAAAGGAGCUGAUCAGGAGCCUCCGGCCUGAUCCCCAGCUGAUUCUCUCCAGACGCCUGCGUGUGCCUCUGUGUGUGUGUGUGUGUGUGUGUGUGUGUGUGUGUUCUGUAUUUAUAUGAUCUGAGCUUCAGGAAUAUUGUCUGAUUAAAGGCGCAGCGCACACUCUGUUGAACACCGCUCACUCAGCUGUGUCUGAUCCAUCAUGAGCUUCUGCUGAACACACCAGCGUCUACAGCACGAUCAGCCGUUCAGCAGUGUGUCUGCAUGUGUGUUCAACACAACUGUGAGGAGAUGAUGAUGAUGGAGGAGUGCUCAUUUCUGGGUGUACUGCGCCUUUAACGUGUGUGUGUGUGUGUGUGUGUGUGUGUGCGCAGCUGAUCAAAGUGUUGAUUUAUAUGUAAAUGUGUGCUUUAAUUGAGAAAUAAACAGACGGAGGAUCA